AUGCAGAGAUACCUCCAUUUCCAAGGAAGAGAAGCUGCUUUCGAUGCAGCAGGAGCACAUGCAUCUCUACACGGCUUCGCUCCAGCAGAGUCGCGCCGUAUUCGAAACCGUAUCGCAGACCGGAGAGAAAUUCUCGGAUCUUCGCGUAGCACCCGUUCUGUCUGUUUAGUAAUCCGCAGAGUUCCCUCCAUUCUUCGCUCGAUCAGCUGCGAAACGCCUCCGAAAGUUACUAUGAUUCCACGCGAAACGCCUUCUACUGGACGCGCGACAAACUCGACACAAUCGCGGGAUUGCAAGAUCGAUUGCGAUCUUCGCUUUCCGAUGUUGCCGCGCUUUUGCGUCUCACGGGGCGCGUUUUGGCGGCUUAUUUUUUAA